CGUAUCCGCGCAUCGCGGAGAGAACGCGUUGGAAGCGCCAUGGAGCCGCCGGCGGUAAAAUUUCGCUGCGAACGCCGCCAGAAAAUCAACAGUACACCGCCAUGCGAAAUAAUCGCGAGUAGCAAGUGAAAUACAUUCAGUGAUAAGCGACAUGCAGUCGCGACAUGUACGCGACUACUCCCUCAAUCAUCUCUUUGUGAUCUGUUUACUAGGACAAUUCCUACUAACGCACUGUGAAAGUGAGCAUCGUACCAAAGCAGCCGCUGAAAAACAUCCGGAUUUGUAUUGUUACAAGUGCGAUAAUAUUGAUGGCGAUGAUGCUUGCCUCAACGUCAAUAACGUCACAACGUAUAAAGAAAAAUGCGAGAAAGAGCAUCGUAUAUGUCAGGUGCGCACGAUAACAAUGUCGUCGCAGGAAAACAAAACAGCGCCCGCGAAGCUCUGGCUAGUGAAGCGCGCCUGCACGAAGGUUUGCGAACCGGUUUGCGUGACAAUCGGGGAGAGGACGAAGUUGCGCGCGUGCAACACGUGCUGCGAGACGGAUCUAUGCAAUCGUGGUAAUUCGGCAUCGCGACACGUCGUACAUAUGGCGCUGCUGCUGCUUGUAUUUCUGGGCGUUGCUCUGCUGAAAAGCUUCAUUCAGACUACACGAUACAAUUAACUUGGAGUGCAUCAAGCAUUUAAAGAACUGAUGUAUACUGUACAUACUUCUUUGUUAUUCAACGUCUUUAUUGCUUCUUUAAUAAAGUUUUAAAACAAAA